CCCCGGGGCGCACCUUCCUUCGCUCGCAGGCGACCCGCAGGCCGAUUUCUCCCCGCCACGCGUCCCGGUUAGUGUGAUCUCAACUCAAGGCAAAAGUGGGAUAUCAUGGCAUCCAUCUGGGUUGGACACCGAGGAACAAUAAGGAGUUACCCAGGCUUUAGUGCGUCAGUGGAUGCUGAGGCUAUUCGUAAGGCCAUCAGAGGAAUUGGAACCGAUGAGAAAACCCUCAUCAGCAUCCUGACCGAGAGGUUGAACGCUCAGCGUCAGCUGAUCGCCGAGGAGUACCAGGCAGCUUAUGGGAAGAGGCUGAAAGAUGACUUGAAGGGUGAUCUCUCGGGACACUUUGAACAUCUCAUGGUGGCCCUAGUGACUCCACCAGCAGUGUUUGAUGCAAAGCAGCUGAAGAAAUCCAUGAAGGGCACCGGAACAAACGAAGAUGCCUUGAUUGAAAUUUUAACGACCAGGACCAGCAGGCAGAUGAAGGAGAUCUCGCAAGCAUAUUACACAGCAUAUAAGAAGAGUCUUGGAGAUGAUAUUAGUUCUGAAACGUCUGGAGACUUCCGGAAAGCUCUGUUGACUUUGGCAGAUGGCAGAAGAGAUGAAACUCUGAAAGUGGAUGAACAUCUGGCCAAAAAAGAUGCCCAGAUUCUCUACAAUGCCGGUGAGAGCAGGUGGGGCACAGAUGAGGACAAAUUCACUGAGAUCCUGUGUUUAAGGAGCUUCCCGCAGCUGAAACUGACAUUUGAUGAAUACAGAAAUAUCAGCCAAAAGGACAUCGAGGACAGCAUAAAAGGAGAGUUAUCUGGGCAUUUUGAAGAUUUACUGCUGGCCAUAGUUCGUUGUGCGAGGAACACCCCUGCCUUUCUAGCUGAAAGAUUGCACCAAGCCUUGAAGGUUGGUCUGGAAAUUUCAUAUGCAUUCUUAGCGGCCCCAAAGGAGAAUGUUAAAAUGUUGCUUACUAGUGAUGGAAUGUCAGAGCUCUCUUCCACUUUAGCCAGUUCUCUUUAUUAG